AUAUGUAUAUUCACCGCAAACAAAAAAGGCAAGGGAGAGAGAUUCGGUGGAGAAAUUGUAUUUGGGCCCGAUUCGAAGAUUCGAGGAAGGAGGGGAGCUCUGGAUUCAAUAUCUUCCCGUCGUUGGCGACGGAGAUUAUGCCCUUUGGCUCUGAGGUUACAUCAGACUUUACUUUAGGUGGAAAUUUAGCUUCUACGAUAUGGAGCAAGUUUGCUUCUGGUCAAGCUGCUACCUGUUUCGGGUUUUCUUGUUCCAAGAAGUGCUCGACUGGCGGUUUCUUGUCCGUGCAGAUUUCCUUACGGCUUCUUUUGUCAACUGCACUUAGUGUUCAGGCCCUCUUUUACAAUCUUUAGGGAAGGCGUGAUGCGAAUUUCUGAGACAGGGCUGAAGUCUACCAGUUAUCCUUCCAUUGCAUAGUCCUAGCCCUUAUACCUACUCCUACAAACAAAAUUUGUUAGUCCAUCUUCCAAAAUCUAGCUCUUAUGGCUACUGGAUAGAGAAGGAUAAUAUCCCUUUCUUGUUCGAUCUGCUCUGUUCUAUAUAGCAUUAUAGCAUAGAUGCAUUACCUUUUUCUUGAGUCUGUGAACCCUGAGUGAGAACUGUCAUGAGCAUAUGGUUCCUCCUGUUGGCCAGUGCAUUCCUUCUUGUUGGUUGAUUUGAGUCUACCAGUUCUCAGUAUGCUUCGUUCUCUUCUCUUGCCAUCCCUCUUUUGCUUUGGUGACCAACCCAUGGAUUUGCAAGUUAAUAAGGGUCUGUCUACCCAGCUGGAGAGUCAUUGAUUUGCUACUUAAGUAUCCAGCUCUUGCUACAAACGAUUGGAAGAUUAAUGUUACAUAUAUCUUUCGGAAGUUCUAUUACAUACAUAAAAUAAAGGAACUACUUUGCGUAACGGAGGAAAGCCAUGGAGAGGUACAAGUUAAUCAAAGAAGUUGGUGAUGGUACUUUCGGGAGUGUUUGGCGAGCUAUCAAUAAGCAGACGGGAGAAGUUGUUGCAAUAAAAAAGAUGAAAAAGAAGUAUUACUCAUGGGAAGAAUGUAUAAGUCUGAGAGAAGUGAAGUCACUUAGGAGAAUGAAUCAUCCGAACAUUGUGAAGCUGAAGGAAGUCAUCCGGGAAAAUGAUAUCCUAUACUUUGUUUUUGAGUACAUGGAGUGCAAUCUGUACCAGCUUCUGAAGGAUCGGCAAAAGCUUUUUGCAGAAGCUGGAAUUAAAAAUUGGUGCUUUCAAGUUUUUCAAGGCCUUUCAUACAUGCAUCAGCGUGGAUACUUCCACCGUGACCUUAAGCCAGAAAACCUUCUUGUCUCCAAAGACGUCAUUAAGAUUGCCGAUUUUGGUCUAGCCCGGGAAGUUAAUUCAAACCCACCCUUUACGGAGUAUGUCUCCACACGCUGGUACAGGGCGCCUGAAGUGCUGCUGCAGUCAUAUGUGUACACUUCAAAAGUUGAUAUGUGGGCAAUGGGUGCUAUUAUGGCUGAGUUGUUCACUCUGCGCCCUCUCUUUCCUGGAGCUAGUGAAGCAGAUGAAAUCUACAAAAUUUGCAAUGUCAUUGGCAGCCCAACUGAGGUGACAUGGUCCGAGGGGCUUAAUCUUGCUAGGGCUAUCAAUUACCAAUUCCCUCAGCUUCCUGGUGUACCACUUUCAAGUUUGAUACCGUCUGCAAGUGGAGAUGCAGUUAACCUUAUUGAGCGCCUUUGCUCAUGGGAUCCUUGCAAAAGACCAACUGCUGCGGAGGCCCUGCAGCACCCGUUCUUCCAGAGUUGUUUAUAUGUUCCCCCAUCUCUCCGACUGAAGCCGUCUGCUGCUAGAACUCCACCUGUUGGGCCGAGGGGAUCAUUCGAGCAAAGUUCCACGAAGAGAUUUCCGGUGGCUCUCACAAAUCCUAAGCCAGUUAAUAGCUAUGUUACUCCUAAGGUGAAUGCUCCUUUCAGCACUGGCAUCCAACGGAAGCUGGAUAUGGCUAAUCAGUUCUCGAAGGAUGCAACAACGAAGAACAACAAACCCAUGAAGAGCUCUUCUGCCAGAGAUGCCAAAUACAGACCACCUGGAAGGAAGACUCCUCCAGCAUCUUUGAACAAGAGUAGGGGCACACGAGGAGUAUCAGAGACAGCGGACAAACUGGCGAGCACCACCAUUGGAGCUGCUGCUUCUGCACGGAGGCAUACAAUAACGACGGUGAGGGCGCCGCCGAUGAAGGCAGGUUGGAUGGGUGAGUCAACCAAGGAUAUGUUCUUGCGGCCGAAUCAGCCUCCCUCCAAUGCUUACACUCGUAAAGUUGCCGGUUGAUCUCCUCCCCCCCUAACUGGUAUAUGAACCCCCCCACCACCACAAAAAAAAAAAUAAAAAAAAAUGGAGACAUCAUUACCGUAAUGUCAGCGGUGUUUUGUCGUUUGUCUUUACUUUCACGGCUCUCUCUCGUCGAUGCUGAGUGUCGUUUCUCGUUUGUUGUUGUGAGGUUCGGUCUUGUUAUAUGACGUAAACGUUGGAGUUUGGGUUUUGCAAUAAAAAGUUUCUUUCUUGUAA